AUGGACGAAACGAAACGUCCCGCAAACGGUCGACAGGUGUCAGGUCCGCUCGUUAGGCAAUACCUAAUCAGUUUCAGUCGGCCCGCACAGCGCAACAUUAUCAGUCGUACCGGUCGCAUUAGUAAACGUAUGAAGAAUAGUGAACAAUCCGCCGGCUGCGUGGCAGAAAUUUCAAAUGGAUCCGACACCAGUGACUCCAAAACACCCCCUGAGGGUCGCGUUGAAGAUAAUUCAAUGUGUCCCCGUCUGCCUAUUGCUCCUCGUUAG